GCUCCCUUUCUCCCUAGUCUUAAUGCUUUAACAUAUUAAUCCUCCUUUCUUCGUUUCUCUUCUUCGCGAGGUCAACACCAACAAUGGCGGAUCAUCAAGGAAGAAUCAAACUUCGAGAUGGUAGAUACUUGGCUUACAAGGAAAGAGGUGUCCCCAAGGAUGAUGCAAAGUUCACCAUCGUUCUUGUUCAUGGAUUUGGUAGCUCCAAAGAUAUGAACUUCAAUGUCUCACAAGAGCUUGUGAAUGAAGUUGGGAUAUCCUUUGUGUUAUACGAUCGAGCUGGUUACGGAGAAAGCGACCCAAAUCCGAAACGUUCGUUGAAGAGCGAAGCCUACGAUGUCGAAGAACUGGCGGAUCGGUUAAAGAUCGGAUCCAGGUUUUAUUUGAUCGGAAUCUCAAUGGGUUCGUACAUUGUUUGGAGUUGCCUUAAACACAUUCCUCAAAGGCUAGCAGGAGUGGCAAUGGUGGCUCCGGUGGUGAAUUAUAGAUGGCCGUCGAUUCCAAAGAGUCUGAUGCAAAAAGACUACAGAAGAGAAGUGGCGAAAUGGUCACUUUGGAUCGCAAAGUAUUUUCCGGGACUUCUACAUUGGUUAGUGACUCAGAACAUGUUCUCUACAACUUCGAUGCUAGAGAAAAACCCUGUUUACUUCAAUGACCAAGACAUCGAAGUCCUCAAGCACACUAAAGGCUUCCCAAUGCUCACGAAGGAGAAGUUACGAGAACAUGGCGUGUUCGAAACGCUGAGAAGCGAUUUUUUGGUAGCCUUCGACGAGUGGGACUUCGACCCGGCAGACCUACCCAACCCGUUUUUGUCUGAACCCAAAAAUAUCUCAUAUUCUGUUCAAAUAUGGCAAGGCUACGAAGACAAAGUGAUACCGUUUCAGCUGCAAAGAUGUUUGUGCCGCAAGCUACCAUGGAUUAGGUACCAUGAGGUCCCUAAAGGAGGUCACCUGAUCGUGCACUACGAUGGAGUCUGCGAUGCGAUUUUAAAAUCACUUCUUUUAGGAGAAGAUCUCCCAAUGUACAAACCAAAGACUGUGAUCACUGAGCCAGUUUAGAGACUAAGUUAUUAUUUCUAAUUUAUUCGUUUUCUUGCU